UUACAGACAUCCGCUCACCCGGAAGAAGCGCUUUAGCAAACUCACUUCUUCAGAAACUUUUGUCCAUCUCUCUCUUUAACCAGCUCUCGAAGUCGUUUUGGAGUGACAUUCAUUCAGGGGAGUUUGAUUCCGUAACGACCAAGGUUAUAUUUAUCCGCGUUACUGGUAAAACUCUUAAUCAAUCAGGGACGCAAUGGCCCGUCCCUGCUGUUUGUUGACAUGGUGAAUCAGCUGACGGGCUAACGUUAGCGUGUGUUUAAAUGGUUUAAACCGAGCCGUGAUUCUCCCUCAGCUGUGUGUUUAUGCCCCAAACACAGCUUUAGUCUUGAUUCUUCUGUGAGGUGGAAGAUUUGCCUUUGGGCCGGUCACGAUGCCACGUUAAAGGCUUUAAGCGGUCGGUCGGUCACGCGAGUGUCGGUUGUCACGGGACCAGCCGGAGGUUCUGGAGGUUCCGUCAACAUGCCCUGCUCCUGCGGGGACUGGAGGCGCUGGAUCCGGCCCCUGGUCAUCGUGCUGUACUUCUCCCUGCUCAUCAUCGUCCUGCCACUGUGUAUCUGGGAGCUGCAGAAGUCCGGGGUUGGAACUCAUAACAAAGCAUGGUUCAUUGCUGGGAUAUUUGUCUUCAUGACCAUACCCAUAUCAUUAUGGGGUAUUCUCCAGCAUCUGGUGCACUACACUCAACCAGAGCUGCAGAAACCUAUCAUCAGGAUACUGUGGAUGGUCCCAAUCUACAGCUUGGACAGUUGGAUUGCACUGAAGUACCCCAGAAUAGCAAUUUAUGUGGACACGUGCAGAGAGUGUUACGAAGCGUAUGUCAUCUAUAACUUCAUGACUUUCCUGCUGAACUACCUGGAAAAUCAGUAUCCCAGCUUGGUGAUGAUGCUAGAAGUCCAAGAGCAACAAAAACAUCUUCCCCCUCUGUGCUGCUGCCCGCCAUGGCCAAUGGGAGAGGUUUUACUGUUGAGGUGCAAACUGGGAGUGUUGCAGUAUACGGUUGUAAGACCCGUCACAACUGUGAUUGCUUUGAUCUGUCAGCUGUGUGACGUGUAUGAUGAAGGCAAUUUUAGUUCUGGAAAUGCGUGGACAUACCUGGUUAUCCUCAACAAUAUGUCGCAACUGUUUGCCAUGUACUGCCUGGUGCUGUUCUACAGGGCUCUGAGAGACGAACUCAGUCCCAUAAAACCAGUGGGCAAAUUCUUGUGUGUCAAAAUGGUGGUGUUUGUCUCGUUUUGGCAAGCUGUGGUCAUUGCUUUGCUGGUUAAAGUGGGUAUUAUUUCAGAGAAACAUACUUGGGACUGGAAAAGUGUGGAAGCUGUAGCUACGGGCUUACAGGACUUCAUCAUAUGCGUGGAGAUGUUUCUCGCAGCCAUCGCCCAUCAUUUUAGCUUUACCUACAAACCUUACAUCCAGGAGGCUGAGGAAGUGUCUUGUUUUGACUCUUUCUUGGCUAUGUGGGAUAUCUCUGAUGUCAGAGCCGACAUUUCUGAACAAGUCCGCAAUGUUGGGAGGACAGUUCUGGGUCGUCCGAGGAAGUCCUACUUUAGUGAAGCGCAUGAUGAUGGUGAGCGAUCUGGACUCCUCUCUUCAGGCGGUCAAGAUGCCGUUACAGAGGCGGCCUCCAACCCAGCGUCCCCGAGAGGCCAGUAUCAGGGCCUGGGCCGAACCCCUGCGCCACACUCUCUGUCAGCGCCCGCUCAGCUCGGCUCAGCCAUGUGGGAUGAAGGUUUUCAGUCAGUCCUCCCGGAAGAAGCCCAAGACGAAGAAAGGACCAACCAAACCAAAGACCCAGCAGAGGCAGAUCUCAUGGUGAUCAACUAGAUCACCUGGACUCUGCAACAGGUUGGGCAGAUCCCACCCAUGCUAUGUUUCUACAAACGGCACUGAUGAAAAUUUAAAAACAAAGUACGGUAAUCUAAAAGGGUACAUCAAAUCAAAUAACAUUCUGCCAUAAUGUGGAACACCAAAAGGACCUCUCUACCGUUAACAGCUUCAAGAAUGUUGCGUACAUUUAAGGCACUAAAGGACUUGACAGUUAUGUUGUUUUAUGUUGUAAAAGAGAGUUGUGUGGCGCAAUAAGCUUUGCUGGAAUCUGUUGUAACUCAGAUAAAAGGCCGUUUAAACAUGCAUCCUUCCCUACUAAGACCUAAGUUUUUGCAGUGGCAUGUCGGUUUUUCAACAUGAGCUAGUCUUGAUCACAAAUGUGACAGAUGAUAUGCAAAUUUUAAAACGGAUACAGUUUUAUCACAUUGCUUCUUGGUUAUUGUGAUUUUAACUGCAGUCUUAAAAAGAGUAUUAAUAGGCAAAACUCUAUAGAUUAUUAAAAGCACAUUAAAUCUUAAUUCAUUUUGUGUCCUAUUUAGAAUAUGAAUCUUUCCUGGGGAAAGGACAAAGAAGAGGCAACAUGUUUUUUGGGAUGCAGACUUUCAGUUUGAUAUCAGUUGGUUUAAGGUUUGCUCCCACAGGAAAAAAAAAAUCAUAUCCAUACAAUAUCAGUAUAAAUACUUUGUAUAGUAUUUCAUAAUGACUUGAGUGGAUACUAUAAAGUACAGUUUGUGAAUUAAAAAUGAAAAAAAUCCAAUCAGAAAUGGUCUUAGCACAUUUUUGAAAGUUCUUGUAAAUGCAGCGUAUCCCUGGUGUUCCUUUGAAACUCAUUUACUGUUCUCAGAUGCCUUGUUCUUUGAGCUGUGGGGCUAGUCUAGCACCACUCAAGUUUAACAUUCAUAUUCCAGGAUCACUUUAAGGUUUUCCCUCAUUUUGUAGCUGUGUAGCUGGAAUAUGUUGCAGCUUUUGCACAUAAUCAGUUUAUUUUUCCCUUAGAUUUGUUUCAAACUCUUUCCUCGUUGUGACUUACAUGGAUUGUUUCAGGGAUACUGGCAUUAUUAAUGUACCGUUACAGACACCACUUUCUGUUUAAAAUAAUUCAGACAUGUAUCAAACUGACUGCAUAAUCUGCAACAUGUCGAGCUUGAGAAUGUUAUGUUGCCUUUUUUUAUAAAGCUGACCGGACUACAUCAAAUCUGAUGUAAAUUAAAUGUCCAGUUCACUUUUUCAAUAAAACAAAUAACUGGUCAAAUC